AAUUAUAGUUAUUUUACUUUGCAAUAAUGUCAAAACGUGACGAAGGCAGUGUGGAAAAUUCUGAGCAUAAUAGUUUAAUGAAUUACAAUAGUCAGGCCUACGGGCAUGAUUUCGUUCAAGAAAAUGUUAAGAGAUAUAUUAAACAGUUCGAGCGGGGCAAAGAGAAGUCGGAGCGAGAGGCGAAACGCAAAGAGCGAAUUCGAAAUGUCGCCGACAUUUCGAACAACUUCUAUACACUUGUCACCGACUUUUAUGAAUAUGGGUACGGACGAUCAUUUCAUUUCGCACCGGUCCUAUCCGCGAGCUCUUCCUUGCAGGAGUGUGUUUUGGCCUAUGAAAGAGAAAUUGCAAGAACUAUAAAGGCUAAUCAAGGCAUGAAGCUACUGGUAGGUAAACUCUCUUUUUCAUUGCUUUUUCAUUUUGUCAUUGUACUUGUAUACGUUCGUCACCAGGAAAUGUUAAAUGAGGCUAUAUUUUGUCUAGACACUUUGAAACUAGUGUCAAAAUAUAUUGUAACCUGAAUUAGUUAAAGUUUCAUUUUUUUUUUAAAGCGCGGCCAAAAACGCAUACUUUGGACCCGAUUUCAAGAUGUCAAAAGUUCGCGGUGUUUGAUUGGUUGACAGUCAUCACACCACCUUCUAAUUAUGCCCCUACUUGUUUAUCAUAAGUAUGUUUUCACUGGUUAAUUUAUGUGCCGUUACCACAGGCAGCCCAAGCGCAAAAUAUUAGCAUCGGCAUUAUGGCGAAACAUCCCGGAAAUUUUAAGAUUGGUAUGGGUGGGAGAGGACCUAUCGUUACUUGUAACCAACGACUAUAAAAGGAUUUCAAUAAAAACGACUAACCUUACGUAAACUGUGCGUUACGUCUUUUCUCUCACGGUGCUCCGCGAGCCGAUUUGUGGCCAUUUUUAUGGGUUUUAGUGUAACCGAAUACAGUAACUGGUGUGAACCGAUAUACUCUCCCAGGAUACAUCCUUUCCCAUGAAAUCAUUGUGAAAUGGGAAUAAAUAGGCUCGCAGACCUCAAAGGAAAGACGAAACACAUAUUUAAAGUAAGGUAAAUCGAAAUUCUUUUAUAUUCUUAGGGUACAGGAACCUUAGUUCCCCCCCCCCCCGCUUUGGCAUACAAAUCCUUUUACUUGGAACGUUACGCUACAAUUCCGAUCCUCAUAUUUCGAGCUUGGGAGACCUGUGCCAUUACUCGACCUUUAGAAUUAUGAAGUCAACCGAAUCAUACCAAUAACCAGUGACAACCUGAUGAUGAAGGAUUUAAAACAACGGCUGAAAAAGGACAAAACAAACAUUUGAUCCAAAAUUUAUAAUUAUCGUAAGGCUCAGCUUUUUGCUCUUUGAUGGUAGAGGACGUAGAGGUAUUAGAAAAUGUGUUUAGAUGAACAGUUUCCUUUUCCGUUACACUGAUUUCAUCCGGUUUCGCGAUUCGAAACCCAGGUCUGGGCAUAAGUUCGGGGCACCAUAUUUGUGCCCCUCGAAAGGCCACACACGUGGUGUCCCCUUUCUGGGCUCUUAACGAUUGUGCUAGUAAAAGAAGUAUAUGCCAUUAGCGUUGCCUAAUUUUUUCCGAAUUAUAUAUGCUUUUCUUUGAAAAUUUUAUGCUAAUUUUUCUUCAAAUUAUGCGAUCAUGCAUUGAAUGGUACUAUUUUCACGUCAGAUGACCCAUGGCCUUGUAUAUGCCUUUGGUAAGCUUUGAUCAGACCAAUUUCAACGGGGUUUGGUCUAUCAGCAAGUUGUUUGGCGCCGUCUCACCCAUCUCGUUGCGUACGAAACCGGAAACUAGGACAGACGCAAUCUUUCUGACUUUCGGUGUGCCCAGCUCUCUCGACCAUGAACAGCACCGUGUCCUCCCUCUCUUGACGAAAACAUUAGACUGAAAAAUGGAUGCACUUAAAAAAAAAAAUCAAUCUGGACCGAGCAAGAAUGAGUCUGCCGAUGGUCCGUUCAAUGAUUAAGCUGAGCUAAAUGAAAAAAAUACCGUGCUUAUGAUAGCAUUGCUACUUUUUUAAAGAGCAAAGAUUAUGCUCGUUUUUCCGGCCACAAAUUAUGUAUGGACAGUUGAUAAGGGCCUACCGCUUACUAUCCGCUACGAUUACACGCUUUGAAGCCGGCCUAUGCAGCGGGAAAGCGCACAGAACGGAGACUUGAGGCCAAGUUGUCUAUUUAUUGAUAUUCUGUAAUAUAUCAAAUUUAAUUUUCAGUUAGAAAUUCAGUGGAUGUGAUUUCAGUUUACGAUAGCGUGACAUUUAAAUAUGCGCGUAUUCAAAUUCGCAUCGCGUGAUACACAAUUCGCUCUGGAGCUGGUGCUUGUCACGUGAAGAAAAAACGAAACGAAAUAGAUAAAUUUCACAUACAGGAGGCAUUGGAGGAGUGUAGUUGAGUGGAGGCAUGAGCUAAAAAUCACAGCUAUUUUACUCUCCAAGGGCCUCAAGGAGAAUGAUUGUUUGCAGGCUUACUGUGUAUCUAUUUAAUAUGUACAUUUUUGCGAUUUUAAAAUAAAAUGCACGACCUUGAAAUUUGCAGAUGACUAUUGACACACGGCACUUGCUUAAACUUUAAAGUGCAGAACUAAUGGUUCAAAAUAUUAAUUGCAGUGAUCGAGGUGAUUCGCAUGGCCGAUUUUUGCGCCUUUUCCCCGAUCUUCGCUUGCAGGCGUCCGACACGUAUGAGUGCAAUUUAGGUAAAAGACCUAUCGAGACGCCUACGGCAAAAGGCAAACGGCAAACGUCAGAUUCUCGCUAAGAAAUUCUCAAAAUAGAAAAUGACCAGAUAAAAAAAGCUUAAAACAAUUCUUAUGGAUAAAACUGGCGUCAAUCCACUGAUGUUCGCAUAGUUGUAAUGACAGCAAACGACAACUUAAGAGAAAAUUUGGUCACGUGGUACAGAUUCACGUUUGACGUUUGUCAUAAACAUAACUCGAAACUCUAUUUUGAGGAAGCGCGAGGAGUCGCGUGUGAACGGCACGCGAACAGAGGCGCGAAGGUGAGAGGCGCGUUCUCUCGCGAAUCUCUUCACUCUCCAGAAAUGGCGAGCUUGGUCGCAGGCUAUGGCAAUAAUAGACCUUUUUACCGAUACGUAUACGGCGGCCAUAUCGAAUUAUUUAGGUUUAGAGAGUAUUAUGGGAUGCCCAGGGGGUAUGAGCACGAUCCAGUAUACUUGCAUCAGUAUUUACGUGCGCUAUUCGGGUCAAUUUUUCUUUAAGUUUUCCUAGAAAAACAUCGUAAUGGGAGAAAAAAGAUCGUUGUGCCGUGUUUGGAUGUAAUAAUGAUCGCCUUUUUCCCUAGAAAACAUACAUUAAAGUUCUCUUUUCGCCAGAAAGCGCACAUAAAUACUGAACGAUUGCCCCCUGGACAUCCCAUAAUACUCCUUAAAUCAAAUAAAUAUCAUUAUGGCCGCCAUAUCGGUAAAAUCGGGUCUAUUUUAAAACCAUGACAUGCGCAUUUUGUUAUAGGAUGCCGGUUGUGGUGUAGGGGGACCUAUGAUAAAUAUUGCCAAGUCCACCGGAGCUCAUGUAGUGGGCCUUAAUCCCUGUGAAUAUCAACUCAAGCGAGUGAAGUUUCACAUCGAAAACAACAACAUGCAAGAAUGCUGCAUUGGUGUUAAGGUCAGUUUUAAUUACUCAACAACUUAGUAACCUCUGGUUGUGUGAAUGUGAGCAACUGUUUUUCAGAUCACAGAGAAAUUGGAUGAAGUUUGUUUGGAUUGGGUGUGUCGGCAGAAACAAAUAUUGGCUGCAACGCAGCUGAUAUGAAAUGAUACUUGUAGCCCAGAAUUAGCUAAAAACUCAGGAAAAGGUAUUAAAAUAUAAACCUUGACACUAAUUUACUAAAAUUUAUUUAGUAUUGAUGUCAUUCAUUAUUCUUCUGCCUUAUGAGUCUGAAAAAGCACCCAGUUAUUAACCAAAAAAGGCCGAGAAAUGUUAUGUUAACCACUGGUUUGUAAAAUACUACGGUCGACAAGGUCUUUUUGAUCAGUAAGACCAACUACAAGAAAUAUGCAUUUGUAAUAAAAUAGCUUUGCUUUGCUUAGUUAAGCAGUCUGAAUGGCUUUUAUCAAUUAACUUUUGCAACAAAAACGUCAGAGAAAAAUGAACACAGUAAAAUUAACUCGAACAAAGAUUUCCACUUCUAGACGCACAUAAUCGGCAACUUAAUUGUUUUUUUCUUUCUUUGUUUUCAGGGAGACUUUCAUCACAUGGAGUUUGGCGACAAUACUUUUGAUGGAGGGUAUGCGUUAGAGUCCACUCUUUACGCAACAGACCCGGAAAUUGUUUACCGAGAAAUACGACGUGUGCUAAAACCUGGUGCUAUCUUUGUUGAUUCUGCCUGGGCUAUGACAGAGGCAUUUGACCCAAAGAAUGCAGAGCAUGUGAAGAUCAAGGAAGGCAUCGAGGUAAUUCAGUAAGAGAGGUAGUGAAUGAUGAAUUUUCUGGGUACAACAGAGUACUAAAGUGAUGACGUCGUAAAAAUGAAAUUUCUGAAAUUAUGGGAUUUGUCAGGACAUUCUGAAAGAACAAUGUCCAAGGGGCCUACUUACCAAAAAUGAGCAUCUCGGGGCAAAUUGUCUCUGAGAUGUUAGCCGGUUAUACUCAAAACACUCCACACAAACCCUUCUAAUUUCUUUGGAUCGACCCCAAAAAAUUUUGAAGGGUUUGUAUGGAGUUUUCUAAGCAUAACUUGACUACGAUCUCCUAGACAAUUUGCCCCGGAAUGCUCAUUUUUGGCAAGUAGGCCUCUUGGACAUUGUUCUUUCAGAAUAUCCUGACAAAUCUCAUGAUUUCCGAAAUUUCAUUUUUAUGACGUCACAAUUUAGUACUCUAUUGCUCGCGUCCUUGAUAUCUCUUGGCAGGAGGAGCACAAAACCCCGGUUUUACACUAUACAUGUACGAAUGAUUUGUUUCCAUUAAUCAGUGAUUUAAGAAAUAUGAUUCUGAAAUACACGCCGUUCUGGAAUAAACGCCGCAUCAGAAACGCGGCUAAAAAUGUAUUAAUCGGUUAAUUGAGUAUAAUACGGUAAGGGUUCUAAAAAUAGACUCAUUGAAUCACGCUCUGUGAUAUUUGCAUUGAGACGUGAUUGGGAGCGUCAGAGUAAUGGGAUCCUGGCUCCGCUGUGUGAGAGUAUUGUCAUGAUGCUACUAAAAAAGAUCUAUAUAUUGAUGCAAUCCAGUUAAAUAUCAGUUAUAAGUUACCAAUUGACUAAAUCGCGUUCCUGUGUUAACUUCAUUAGAUUGGUAAUGGCAUCCCCGAUCUGCGAACUCAACUUGUCCUUUUGGAAGCAAUACGGAAGUCGGGAUUGGAGAUCGUAGAGUAUAAGAAUGCGCAUUGUGAUGGUGAGCUUCCAUGGUACGUAACUGUUAGAAAAUAGUGCGAGGUUAAAGACAUCUAGUAAUACUGAGUCUCAUCCAGUAAUACUGAGCCUCAUUGUUCAUUGGCAUGCGCAUUGAGAGAGGAAAGGGCGGAAGGUGGAAGUUCGAUAACGUAGGGGGAAAACCACGCAACAAUGCCUAAAGCGAGGAAGCUAAGAAAAUGGGGCGACGGCAGGAUCCCAUGGGCUCCUGACGGCGGCCGGAAAUAAAGAUAUAGGUGGUGGGAGGUUUGGAACUUACUUCCAUCCCCCUCCCCCAGUAAGCAUCAAUAAUGAAAACCCUUGUAGUGGACACAUCAUGUUGUACUAUACAACGUUGGAAGUACACUUAGCUGCUCUAGCCUCGACAUGUUACCCUCGACCCUCGACCCUUGACCCUUGACACCUUGACCAAAAGUCGGACAGGGACUCGAACCCGAAACUGCCGAAUUGCGAGUCUGAUAUGCUGACCACUUGAAUUGGUCAGGCUUCCUUCUCCAGUUUUUACUGACUGAUCUGACCUUUCAGUUUGGCUGGCUAUUUAGUCGAAGGGUUGUACAACGGCAUAAAACAACUUCCCAUUCCCAACCUUGCAAACUAAAACCUCGCAAAAACGUUGCCUAGCUCAGUUAGUGGAGCGCUUGAGUGCAUAGAGCAGGAGGCUGGGGGUUAGAUUCGACCCUCUCUCUUAGAGUAAUUGGUCGGACCAAUGCUAAAGGUAUUCAGUAACACACCUGGGAAAUGAAAGCACUGUCUUUGACCUGCAAGCGGGCGGACUUUUGAGUGGCUCUGAUGACCACGAAACAAAUAGCAUCUUCAACUUUCUUGCUCAAUACAAUGACAGUUGAAUAUUAGUGGUUACAGUGCUUUGCUGCAUCUUUCCUGGGAAUUCUCAAUUUUCUUCUCUUUAAGGUACACAUUUCUUGUCGGAAAACACGCUUUCUCUCUGGACGCCUUCAGAGUAUCCUCGGUUGGUCGAAAGCUUACCCACUUCAUGCUAUCAGCCAUGGAAAUGCUGCGCAUUGUACCUCAAGGUUCCACUGAUGUUCAUAACGUGUUGCUGACUGCUGCGGAUGCUCUCAUCCAAGGGGGGAGGAAAGACAUCUUUACGCCGAUGUUUAGAUUGGUCCUUAGGAAGCCAUUGUAGUGCGGAGAGAAAGCAUGGAAAAAUGCUCUUUGUGGCACAUUAAGCAACAAAUUUCAAUUAAUUUGGAAGUCUGAUAUCUUCAAAAAUGUAGUGUAGUACGCUUUGAUAUAUUCAAGUGGGCGGAGUACGUCUGUUGAACUUUCACAAAACCGGACCA